AUGCGGGCUUUGUCCUUUGUGGCGCUGCUGUUGCUGGCAGCAGCAGCCAUGGGUGGUACCAUACUGGCGCCUGUGCCUCCCAAAGGAUGGAACAGCUGGAACGUGUUUGAAUGGAACGGCGGCAACUUCUCCGAGGCCGAGUUUCGCGAAACAGCCCAGGCCAUGGCCAAGGUGCUGCUCCCGUUUGGCUACGACACCAUCACUGUGGACGAGUUCUGGGAAUCAGCCAACGCAGCCGCAGGUUUGAGUGGCUCCAUCGAUGAAUAUGGUCGUGCCCUUCCUGAUCAGCGCCUGUGGCCAUCGGCUGCGCAAGGCCAAGGCUUCAAGCCCAUGGCGGAUUUGGCCCAUAGCCUAGGCCUGCAGUUUGGCAUUCACGUUCUGCACACGAUCCCCACCGAUGCCAUCAACGCCAAAUCGCCCAUUCUGAACGGCUUUGGCUACACUGUUGAUCAGAUCGCUGUACCUCACCCCUGCCCGUGGAACACCGGUUGGUUUGGCGUGAACAUGAGUCACCCGGCUGGACAGGCGUACAUCAAUAGCCUUUAUGAGCUUUACGCUUCCUGGGACAUUGAUUUCAUCAAGAACGAUUGCACAUUCGGAUCCAACCUCGAUGUGUCCAACAUCCGGGCUGUGCGCAUUGCAAUGGACCGCACUGGCCAUGAUUUUGUCUACUCCCUCUCGCCCGGUGACACGGCAACUUUCGACAAGGCACUGCUCGUCAGUAGUUUGGCAAACCUAUAUCGUGUCACCGGUGACUGGCACGGCGGAGACUAUACAGAGCACUUUCAGAUUGCCGCCGAAGUUCACACACUUAUUCAAGCACCUGGCAGCCAGGGGUAUUCGUGGCCAGACUUGGACAUGCUCUCCAAUACUCUGGCCAAUGAUGCCGACCAGCGCUUUCAGAUGACGCUUUGGUGCAUGGCGCGUUCCCCCCUUAUUAUUGGCACCGAUAUCCGCAACGCCACUGCCCAAGACCUGUGGUACUACACAAACCGAGAUCUACUGGCCAUCAAUACCCAUUCCAAAAACAACCAGCCCCUCAAUGCUACAGCUAGUGACGGCUCCAGCAAUGCCUAUGCCUGGUCCGCUGUAAGCACGACGCAAAGCGAUAGCUAUUAUCUUGCCCUCUUUAACAACGGUGGUGUCAACAUGACCGUUACGGCAGAUGCUCGGGCUGUCAUCGGCGAACGGGCCUGCCGUGCCCGUGACCUGUGGUCCAACACCACAAUAGCCAAUUUUGGCCACGCAGGACAGUUCUCGGCUUCUUUGAACCCCCAUGCGUCAGUUGUGUGGCAACUCGACCAGUGCCAGUAG